AUUUUCUGAGAAAAAUAAGCUUGGGCAAACAGGCUAUGUAAGAACCCAAUUUCAGUGAUUUUGCCGAAAAGUCAAUGAACGUAGAGUUCAACUGACAAGUCUCUCUAUGCUUUAUGCUUCCUGCAGACCUUCAAUUUGUUAGCGAAUAAAAGACGGAGUCAUCAUUUGAAGCUUAUUGGUUCUGGAUUCUAAUCUUUCUAAGUUACUGAGUUCUAAAUUAAUAAUCUUUAGAUAUUCAAUAAAUAUUUAAGGCAAAUACCGAGUUUGAACUAUACCCCACAAAGGUAGGGGGUAAGGUCUGCAUACAUUCUACCCUUCCCGAGCCCCAUUUGUCGGAUUACACUAGGUAUGUUAUUGUACACAGUUUGAACUAAACAACCAUUAUACCUCACAAAGGUAGGGGUAAGGUCUGCAUAUAUCCUAUCCUUCUCACACCCCACUCGUCGGAUUACACUGAGUGUGUUAUUAUACAGAGUUUGAAGUAAAGCUACUGGGAUCGGCCGAAAUUGUAGACGACACUCUCCCUCCGACCCUGUGGAAAAUUGGUUGAAUUAUCUUAAGCCCUAUGAGUUUGGUACAAUUGGGAGUGUUAAAGUUGAUUCCUGGGGAUAAUCCUGUAUUUCGGUGAAUAAAGAAAGUAAUCCAUACGAUUAUGAAAGUCAUUAUGCAUUUACUAAAGAAUUAUUAGUGGAAUUCUUUCUUUUAGCAUGAAGAAUGAAGUACUUUCUACCGUUAUCCGAAAAACACAAAAUUCAACAGUUGCUGAUUACCAAGUCUUUGCAAAUGCUCUCAAAUGUUGUGCUUCGAUAUCGGAUAGAGUAUUAGGGAAAGCUCUACAUAGUUCUGUGAUUAAGUUAGGCCAUCAUUCUUGUCAAUUUGUUAUAAAAUCCUUGCUUAACAUGUAUGCUAAAUGUAAAGAUCUUGAUGAAUGUCAAAAAAUAUUCAGUCACAUUAAAUACAGUGACACAGUGACGUGGAAUAUUGUGUUGUCCGGCUUUGCUGGAUCGCGAAUGCAUGAAAAAGAGAUGACAACACUGUUUAAUUCAAUGCAAAGAGCAGAUUAUAUUAAGCCAAGUUCUGUUACUCUUGCUAUUGUUAUUCCUGUGCUUACUAGCUCUGGAGCUUUGGGUGCUGGCAAAAGUGUUCAUUGUUAUGCAGUAAAGCAUGGACUGGAUUGUGAAACACUGGUAGGAAAUGCUUUCAUAUCUAUGUAUGCAAAAUCUGGGAAUAUUUCAGAUGCGGCUGCUACUUUUCGUGGAAUUUCUAACAAGGAUGUUGUUUCAUGGAACGCAAUGAUUGCAGGUUUCAUAGAGAAUAAGCUUACAGACAGGGCGUUUGAAUUGUUCAGGUUGAUGUUGAAAGGUUCGAUUCUACCUAAUUAUGCAACUAUUGCAAAUAUUCUUCCUAUCUGUCCUAGUUUAGGAGGUAUAGAUGGUUAUCAAUUGGGAAGGCAGAUGCAUUGUUAUGUUUUGCGACGGGCUGAGUUGUUAUCAGAAGUCACCGUCAUCAAUGCUCUUUUGAGUUGCUACUUGAGAGCUGGAAAUUUCGAAGGAGCAGAGACUUUAUUCCGGAAUAUGAUGAGUAAAGAUCUGGUAUCCUGGAACUCAAUAAUUGCUGGGUAUGCAGCAAAUGGUGAAUGGUCAAAGACAUUGGAAUUUUUCCGUGAAUUCACUAAAGAAGAGAUGAAUGGACCGGACUCUGUUACUCUUAUUAGCAUUCUUCCUGAAUGUUCACGGCUCAAUGACGUGUUGAUCGGGAAGCAAAUCCAUGGGUAUGUAAUCCGUCACAGUUCCCUCCAUCAGGAUAUCUCUGUGAUUAAUGCCCUUAUAAGCUUUUAUGCAAAAUGUGGAAACAUUGAAGAGGCACAUCGAAUAUUUUCAUUGACUUCUAAUAAAGACUUGAUAUCAUGGAACACUAUGCUUGAUGCCUUAGCAGAAAACCAACUUCAUCAAGAAUUUAUUAACUUGUUAAAGGGGAUGUUCCUAGAGGGGAUAAAAGCUGACUCGAUCACAUUAUUGGCUGUGGUGCGCUAUUUUGGUAACAUUUACAAAAUGGAUAAGGUCAAAGAAGCACAUGGUUUUUCAGUAAGAUCUGGUAUCUUGAAAAGUUAUACUGAACCUACUCUCGCUAAUGCCUUACUUGAUGCGUAUGCAAAGUGUUGCAAUUUGAACUAUGCUAACAGAAUAUUUGAGAAUUUAUCAGAAAGCAAGAAUGUAAUCACAUGCAACGCAAUGAUCUCGGGGUUUGUGAAUUAUGGUUUGCAUGAAGAUGCACAUGGCAUAUUCCAGAGGAUGACCGAGAAAGAUCUUACCACGUGGAAUCUGAUGGUAAAAGCUUAUGCUGAUAAUGAUUGUCCUGAUCAAGCAGUGAGUCUGUUUACCGAGUUACAGUAUCACAAAAUGAGGCCUGAUGCCAUGACCAUUUUGAGCCUUCUUCCUGUUUGUGCUCAAAUGGCCUCAAGCAACUUGCUGAAGCAGUGCCAUGCAUAUGUGAUUAGAGCUUUUCUAGACGAUGUUUAUCUGAUUGGAGCUCUCAUAGAUGUUUAUUCAAAAUGUGCUACUCUAGGAUAUGCAUACAAGCUUUUCCAAUCAUCUCCUGUCAAAGAUCUUGUGAUGUUUACAUCAAUGGUUGGAGGGUAUGCUAUGCAUGGAAUGGGAGAAGAAGCACUUGGGAUAUUCUAUAAUAUGCUUGAGCUGGACUUUAAACCUGAUCAUGUUAUAAUCACUACAGUGCUAUCUGCUUGUAGUCAUGCUGGCCUUGUGGAUGAAGGGUUAAAGAUCUUUGAUUCGAUGGAAAAGACGCAUCAAAUCAAACCUGGCAUGGAACAUUAUGCAUGUGUGGUGGAUCUGCUUGCACGCGGAGGCAGAAUCAAAGAUGCAUUUUCCUUUGUGACCAAUAUGCCCUUUCAAGCCGAUGCGGAUAUAUGGGGAACGCUUCUUGGUGCCUGCAAAAUCCAUCAGGAGGUUGAUAUGGGCCGUGCUGCGGCAGAUCGGUUGUUUCAAGUCAAUGCUAAUGAUAUCGGGAAUUAUGUAAUCAUCUCAAAUAUGUAUGCGGAAAAUGCUAGAUGGGAUGGGGUCUUAGAGAUAAGGAGGUCUAUGAAAAUGAGAGAUCUUAAGAAGCCAGUUGGUUGCAGUUGGAUUGAAGUGGAAAGGAAGAAAAGUGUAUUUGCUGCUGGUGACUAUUCUCACCCACAGCGAAGAACGAUAUAUGAAACAUUAAGAAUCUUGGAUGAACAAAUCAAAGAGCUAUAUGAGUAUGAGUUAUAGCCUCGUGAUAUUUUUCUCAGGAAAGUGAUCCAUCUUUGUCUUGCAGUUUUUGAUAUUUGUAUGGUAGAAUUUCUUUUCAUUGUCCAAUAUGCAUCCCUUAAUUUAGAGCUUUUCUCAAAGCUUUGGCCAGCUAUGUUAACAUUUUAUACUAAUGCAAACUGCAGAUCAGUUCAGUACACUGUUCUUUCCUAGAGAGGUCAAAGUGUGACAUUGGCAUGCAAGUGUCUUCUCACUGGUUGAGCAUUUAUGAUCUUUUCAUUCUUUUAAAGGAGAAGCUGAUCUCUCCAUAGGCUAUCUAAUCAAUACUUUCAUUAGCUGCUACUUGUUUGACUUACCCAAUUCUUGGUCUGUUUUUCCUGGCAUUGUUUUUUUUAAACUCCAGAACAUCAUAGUGCCAGCUCCAGUGCCCGUGGGAGAAGGCGAUUCGUUUGUAGCAGUUUGAGUGCGUGAUUUCGGGUUUCCUAAGUGUUGGAUAGGAUGAUGUCGAGGUUGGGUUUUUUGAGAAUGUUGUGUAUUCAGUUUAUGUAUUUAGAUGAGAUGGUCACACAUUUUAACAUGGCAUCAGAGCAGGCAUAGAUCGUGGGUUCAAGUGUCAAUGUCACCAUUACCAAAAGGAGAAUUUUCACGUGCUUGGCUCAUCAAGGAAAAUCAAGCCCGCACAUAAGGGGGCGUGUGAAGACAUAAUAAAGAUAUGUAUCUGACACAGGGAUGUCUAGUUUCUAACAAGAGUUGAGGCACGACGCAAAUGUAUCCCAAGAUCCGUGCCUAUAAAUGAAAAAAAAUCUCGAUGCAGAAAUUAUAUCCUGUAUAGUUUCUAGUAAAUGAGUCAAAUCUGCAAUCUGAUCUUGGGUUGGCUUAAGGCACGAUGCAAAUGUAUCCUGAUAGGUGCAUUGACGUGGAGCAACAUCUAAAUUAAUCUGUUCUCUCAAAGUUGCCUCCUGGUUUCAAGUCUCAUUUGAAGCAAUCUUCACUGAGUUUGGCAUAUGACAUGGUGAAGAACUUUCUAACAUUGAAGCCAAUGAUUUACAUGCUCUGCCUUGCAAGUCCAUAAAGCCACUUGUGGAGUGGACAGAUCGAUCUGGCAUGAGAGCACAGGGACCACCUUUUGUUUUUCUUGUUGUUUUGUUUUAAUCAUCUGAUGUCCGCAACCCGGCCCGCCUAGUCUGUUAUUUUUGAGCUCCCUGCCAAAGAGGACUCCAUUCUUAGAACUCUGACCCCAAAAUCCUUUGUUUUGUUUGCUGGUGAUGGGAACUGCGGCUAUGCACUAGUCAAGAAUUACAUUAUCCAACAAUGAUAUAUUGAUAUGGUAUAAUUGGGUUACAUAGCUAGUGUGUGUAAGAUGAUUCAAGGUUUCUUUUGGUGGUAUAAUUGGACCACUACUAAUAUAGUCCUCUUAAGACUGGGCAAAUGAUGACGACACAUUAUUCCAAAAUCUCAGAUUUUAUGUGUAUAACAACACUAUUCAACAGAUUCUUCCUGAAAA